ACGCGAAGGGAAGAGAAGGGUGGAUGAAGCAGCAGCAGGGGGAGAUGAAGAGGGGUCGACAAAUCAACAAUUGCAUCAACGGGGUCAAUGACAAAUUCUGCAAGCUCGUUCAACGAGGUCUCACAGCGACCGAGGCAACAGAGCCGAGACGAGCCACAGAGCUUUUUACUAGUGUUUUCUCUCAUGGAUGAUACCACCAUUGCAUUGAGCAUGCUUCUUCUUUUUUUUAUUCAAACUUUUUUUCUCUCCCACCUUUUUCCUUGGGUGUUCUUAUCAAACCUCCUUUUUUGUUUUUGUUUUUUUCGCCCAUACAGAAAGUCUCUCAUACAUAAAGGUCAUCACGUAAAAAAUCAUUGUUUUCCCCGGUGAUGACCAUACCCCUGCUGGGAAUCAAAGGCAAAGGGAGAAAAAAGAAUAGGAGUCGGGAUGGAUGGAAUUGGUGGAAAACUUUAUAGCGAUAUUCAGAGGGCGCUUUCCCCUCCCAUAAUAUGGGGUUGGGGUGCGUCUAGGUAGCACAAAUAGAAGAGUCGGUUCUCAACUA